AUGAUCCAAGUCUACAACGCACAAACAUCGUUGGAAUCCAUCUCAAAAGAAAUCGACCACAUACAAUAUCAAGCACUGUCAGAUAACGAAGGUGCAAUGCAGAAGUUUUAUUAUGCCAAUAGAUCCACGAUGGCAAUUGCUACAAGCUUAACUAACAAGCAAACAUCGCUGACGUUGUGCGGACUGUCAGGCGAGGGUGGAGGCAUAGGAGCGCUGGACAUCUUGGGUGAGGGUGGAGGCAUAGUAGCAGUAGACAUGUCUGAAGGUAUUUCCUAUUAUAUUAAUCACUACAACUCGAGGGAGGGAGGGACUCAUUCGCGGGAGCGGGCAUAUUCUGUGAGGGCAGGAAAUUUGCCGGAAGACCAAGCUUGGCCCCUGCAAACAGACACUUGGGAGACAGAUCCUUGGGAGCCAACACUCGGCGAUGAUUUGGCAUUCGACGAGGUCGAGUCUCGACCCGUCACAGUGGGCAAGGUACCAGCGAAACAUUAUGUGAACUCGGACGCACCUUUGCAUGAAUGGAUGGGGCUCGGCGUGCAUACCGGAUUCCAUGAAGAAUAUCUUCUAGAAGAGCUACGUCUGGAGUGUCGUGUGAUAUCGACAACGACAUACAAGAACGACUAUAUCGCUGCGAAGAUUGCUAUGGACCGGAUAUUUUGUGCAAGUAUUGUUGUUUAUCAAGGCACGCACAUUAUCCUUUACAUAUUAUUAAGCAAGUCUCUCAUCGCCAGCAACUGUUAUGUUGCGAGUGGUAUCCAGCUACCUUACAUUAUCCUCAAAGUGCCUGCACAAAACGGGUUUUGGAGUUCUUCCUCAUUCUGA